AUGGGUGUGGUUUCCCCUUUAUUUUACCUGUUCACUUGGGUGGCGGCGGGAGUUUUGGACAAAGGGAGGCGGGUCAGGAAUCUGAGCAGCUCGUUAUGGACGCUAACCCACCUGACAGCACUGCACAUCAACGACAACAACCUGACCCGCAUCCCGCCGGACAUCGCCAAGCUGCCCCACCUGGUUUACCUGAAUCUGUCGUCCAAUAAGCUCCGCAGCCUGCCCGCAGAACUGGGCAACAUGGUUUCUCUCAGGGAAUUGCUUUUAAACAACACUUUACGAGUUCUGCCUUAUGAACUUGGGAGGCUUUUCCAGUUACAAACCCUCGGGCUAAAAGGAAACCCUUUGUCCCAAGACAUCCUCAACCUGUACCAGGAGCCGGACGGAACCAGAAAGCUUUUGAACUACAUGCUCGACAAUCUCGCAGUGCACCCAGAGCAGCUCCCCCAAAGACCUUGGAUCACUCUGAAAGAGCGAGACCAAAUGAGUCCUACAGCCACUUUCACAGUCAUGUGCUACAACGUGCUGUGUGACAAAUACGCCACGCGCCAGCUGUACGGCUACUGUCCGUCCUGGGCUCUCAACUGGGAGUACAGGAAGAAAGGCAUCAUGGAGGAGAUCACCAGCUGUGACGCUGACAUCAUCAGCCUGCAGGAGGUUGAGACGGAGCAGUACUACACCUUGUUUCUGGAGACGCUAAAGGAGCGCGGCUACGACGGUUACUUCUGUCCGAAGUCUCGCGCCAAGCUCGUGUCCGAACAGGAGAGGAAGCACGUGGACGGCUGCGCUGUGUUCUUCAAGACCGAGAAGUUUACGAUGGUCCAGAAACACACAGUGGAGUUCAACCAGGUGGCCAUGGCCAACUCCGAGGGGUCAGAGGUCAUGCUGAACAGAGUGAUGACCAAAGACAACAUCGGGGUCGCCGUUCUGCUCGAGGUCAACAAGGACAUGUUCUCCGGCGGCAUGAAGCCGCCGCAGGACAGGCAGCUGGUCCUGGUGGCCAACGCCCACAUGCACUGGGACCCCGAGUACUCGGACGUCAAGUUGAUCCAAACCAUGAUGUUCCUGUCGGAGCUGAAGAACAUCGCCGAGAGGGCCUCGGGCUCCAUGGCGACCGGCUCGCCGACCUCCGACCCCUCCUCCAUCCCCAUCGUCCUGUGCGCUGACCUCAACUCGCUGCCCGACUCCGGUGUGGUGGAAUACCUGAGCAACGGAGGCGUGGCCGAGAACCACAAGGACUUCAAGGAGCUGCGCUACAGCGAAUGUCUGACCAACUUCAACUGCAACGGCAAGAACGGCAACUCAGACGGAAGCAUCACACACAGUUUCCAGCUGAAGAGCGCCUACGACAGCAAUCUGAUGCCUUACACCAACUACACAUAUGACUUCAAGGGCGUGAUCGACUACAUCUUCUUCUCUAAGACCCACAUGAGCGUCCUGGGCCUGAUGGGACCGCUGGACAGCCAGUGGCUCGUGGAGAACAACAUCACCGGCUGCCCCCACCCCCACAUCCCCUCGGACCACUUCUCCCUGCUGGCCCAGCUGGAGCUGCACCCGCCCCUCCCCCACCCGCUCAACCCCCUCAACGGGCUGCACCUGCCGGUCCACAGGUAGUGCAGCCCGAGAGAAGAGAAGAGCGAGAAAGAGAGAGACCCCCCCCUUCAGCCCUUCAGCCUCUCCCAGCCCUUUUUAUCACCC